GCAGAUAGCAGGAGGGGAAGAAGCGAGCAGCGGGACUGGAGUGCGGGUGAUGCUGGGGAACCGGCUGGACUGCUAGGGGCCUCUCGGAAAGUUUUCUCCUCCGCGGAGAGGCGAGAAUUUCCGAGCUGGAAGGAAAUGCCAAGGAUCGUGCGUUAAAGCUUGUCAAAAUGGAGGGAGUCAGGGCUUUAUUACUCAGAGGAGAGAGCUGGCAGAUGUCCCAAGUGAGAGACCCUCUUCCUCCAGGGCCUGAAGGGCCAGCGCAUGCAGCUCCGGUUGAAAACAGCUUUUUGAUCUCACUUCCCCGAGAAAAAUCUGGAAACAGAAUGGCUGUGGGGGAGAGAGAGAUGCCAGAGCCUUCAAGUAAUCAGUGCAUACAAACAAAUACACAAGGCCAGUCGAUCUGGGGAAAUAAUGCUGGCGAUGACCUUGUCAGAACCCAGCCUGAACGUUUGCCCCAGCCAAAUGCUUUGGCAUUUGAAAAGCACAAGGAAGAAACUGGCAGAAUACAAAAUGGUCAUGCAGGUCUGAGUAAUGGAAGUGGAAUUCACAAUGGAGUCAAACUUGCAGCAAAAGAUAGUAGAAAAUUCUCAGCACCGGUUUCCCAAAAAAUGCACAAAAAAAUUCAAUCUAGCUUGUCUGUCAGCAGUGAAAGCAGCAAAAAAAGCUCAGCAAAUUCUCAUAAGCCAAGUUCUUCACCUGAAGAUUGCUGUGUUCACUGUAUCUUGGCCUGCCUAUUCUGCGAAUUCAUCACUCUCUGCAGCCUUGUCUUGGGACAAGCAUCAUGUGGAGUUUGCCCGGAGGUCUGCUGUUGUUGCUGUGGGGAGGAAAUGGGAGAUGACUGUAACUGCCCAUGUGACAUGGACUGUGGCAUAAUGGACGCUUGUUGUGAAUCAUCGGACUGCCUGGAAAUCUGCAUGGAAUGUUGUGGGAUUUGUUUUCCAUCAUGAAACAC